AUGACGCGCCCGCCGCGGCUGCUCCUCGAUGACGUCACUGCCCUCCCGCCCUCUCUUCCGCGCGAGGCCCGCCUGAGCGUCACGCGCCGCGCGUGCGUGGGCGGACGAGGCGCGGGUUCGGGCGCCGGCCCGUUGCUAAGGAAAGAGCCCCCCUGCUGCCGACCAAUCGCCAGCCCCGCUCUCCGCUGCGGUCGAGGCUCACGGGCCGCCGCGGCUGCCACUCGGGCAGGUCGCCCCGCUAUUGCCCCUUCGCUCCGGCCUAUCAGCGGCCGACGUGGAGGAGCUCCGCCCCACGCCGCCGCCCCCUUCUCAGCUGGUGCUGCCGGCGAGGGGGGGGCUGUCUGCGCGAACCAAUCCGCGGAGACCGCCGGGGUAAGGGGCGUGGCCAAGGCCCUGGCGAGGAGAGGAAGCGUCCGGUGAGCCGGGGCGGGGGGCGCGGGCGAGCCGGACCCUGGAGCCCCGGGGGCUGGGAGGGUCGCAGGCCGAGACCCCCGGGCGGGAAGGCGGGGCUGCGGCCCACUGGGGGUUCAGAGCCGCAGUCUCGCGGGGUUCGCCAGUGGGGAACGCUGCGCAACAUUGGCCAAGGUGGCGCCCUCGGUCAGUGUUUCCCAAGCGUAGGCUGCCAGCUGCUUUUGGACUCCAGUUCCCAUCAUCUCUCACUGCUGGUAUUGCUAGCUGGGGAUGGUGGGAGUUGUAGUCCAGAAAUAGCUGGAGCCCCAGGUUUGGGAAACGCUCUUCUAGAUGAUGUUCCACUCCAACUCCCCUCUGCCCCAGCUGGUGGCCAUGCAGAGGGCACCACCUUUGGCAAAGGCUGCUUGAGCCAGUAUGUGCAGCAGCUAGAGCGUUGGUCAGGGUAGGACCUGGGAGACCAAAUCCUGACACAGCCCUGAAGCCCCUUUGGGCCAGUCACUGUCUCGGCUUAAUCUCCCUGGUAAGGUUGCUAUGGGGAUUCAAUGAGGUCAUGUGGGUGAAAUCUGUGGGGUUGCAAUGUGCAUACUUAUGGAGAACGGAGUUGAAAAGGUACAUAAGAUAUAGGGCUCUGCGUUCCGGAGGUGUGGAGGGUUGUAUGAAAGGGAGUGUUUGCGUAAGUGGGAGGGGGGCUCAGGCUCGUGUGCUGGUAUGUUAGGCAUGAAGGUGUCCCAGUGGGGAUGCUUAGGAGCUCCAUUAGGGUCUUCAGCUUAGCAUCCUAGAAGACAGUAGGGCCGUAAUAGCGAUGUUGAGUUGAAAACAUUCCACAUUUUCCAGCUCUUUAUUUUUCUAUGAAAAUGCUUCCAUUUUAAAAGUUUGUUACUAAGAAUGAAUGGAUACCAAGUGCAAUAAUUCAAUAUUAGGCUACUUUGGAGUUUUAAUUUUUUAAUUAUUUGCUAAAUGCAAGUAAAAUGAAUGUGCUAAAUUAGAUUACUCCAAUGCAUCACAAUAUCUUCUGAUGGAAACAGAAAACUAUUCAGUGCAAAUUUCCCUAAGUUGUAUGGGGGAGGGGGAAUUCAUUUAUUUUAUUAACCCACAUCACUAAGUAAUAGUCGAGUUAGCAGAAAUCCUCCCUGUGCUCUGGGGCAAUUGUAAUCAUAGAAUCAUAGAAUCAUAGAAUCAUAGAAUCAUAGAGUUGGAAGAGACCACAAGGGCCAUCGAGUCCAACCCCCUGCCAAGCAGGAAACACCAUCAAAUAGGAAUAAUAGUAAUAGGAAUCCUUGGAAAUAGCACGGGCUCUAAUGUGGGGGUAGAGCUCUUGGUUCUUAAAAACAACAACCCUGUGGAUGUCUAGCUGUGAGCUAUGCAGUUGUAAUGAGGAUUUUAGGAAUGACAAGCCACAUCCAUGGACGGGCUUUUUAUUCUGGAGAGCUGAGAGACUGCAGCUGGGGUUGCUUGCAGAUUUACAACCUGUGUUGCGUAGGGGGUUGACUUACAGCAUGGGUAGGGAAACUAAGGCCCAGGGGCCGGAUACGGCCCAAUUGCCUUCUCAAUCCGACCCAUGGACGGUCCAGGAAUCAGCGUGGGGCCUGCCUGGUGUUUUUACACGAGUAGAAUGUGUGCUUUUAUUUAAAAUGCAAGGGGUGAGAAUACCUUGACAUCUUCCCCAACUUUGAGGUGGGAAGGGGGGGGGGUGUUGUCUUUGUUGCCCUGAACCUCAGAGCCAUUUGGAAAAUGAUGAGAAGUCUACUUUCUGAGUGCCUCUUAGGUGCAAUGUGGCCCCUCCACUCCUCCCAAGCAGAGAAGGUCAGAUGCUGUCCCUAAUGCUAUCCUUGCUUUUUCUAGGGGAAGACUGGCAAGUGCAGUUUUGGAUCCCUGAAUAGAAAAACAGGAAUGUGGAUGCUGGAGACCCUGGUGAUUACUAAGGGAAAGCCUGGGAGAAAUUCACAGCAGAGCUUAGGGGUCACAUAGUAUAUUAUUAUAUGGUACCACAUUAAUUUGUUAUACUAGCAUUUUAUUAUAAGCAGCAAAGAAAGGAAACAUUCUUGUAAAUUUAAAUAAAGUCUGCAAUCCCAGCUGUCAAACAACUGCACAAAUAAAAGAAGUUUUAUUCUGCUCUUGAAACGCAUUGAGGUUUGGGUUCUGGCAAACCCUAAGCGAGAAUCUGAUCCAUAAAUGCAGCAUUGUCAGAAAUGCCCCUGUGCAUUCCCUUGAUGUUUGACAUUGGUGCAUGGAUGUCAUUGUAGAGAGAGUGCCUGUUGGUCAGGCUCAAGCCUUCACAAGGUAUGUGACCCUGUGGAGAAAGCCUAACUGGAACUGAUCAGUACAUGCAGAAAACAUACCACCAUUUCUGCAAAUACUGUCGCUGUUACUUUCCAUCCAUGCAAUUGCAUCGUAAUCACAUCACGUUUCCUGCCAUGGUCCCACACCUGAAAUUCUCACUCCAACUCUCUCUUGGUUGUGACUGCAAGUGUGAACCAUCUCUCAGUUUGCUGUAGUCUUCAAAGCUUAACACAGGAUGAGCUAAUUGGAUGAAGGCUAGGAAUGAAAGGAAGGUAUUUUACUUGUAAUGGGGCACCUGGAAGUGAAGGGACCAGACUGGCUCAAGCUUAAUAGAUGAUUGAUAAAGUGAGCACUCUGAAAUUUGAGGAGGUGGGGGCUGAAGUAGAGGGACAUGAGAGGGUAUGUGAAUGGAGACUGGCCAAGGGUUGCGGGGGAUGGUGGGGUGUGUGUUGUUUUUUGUUUUGUCAUUGACACAGUAAUGGGGCAUAAGUGGUGGGUGUAUACUGGACCAGCCACACAUCAUUCCCCCUCCUUGGUUAUUCUGGGAUGCCUCCUCAGCAUUAUUGCAUUAUUGCCGCCUGGAGGGGCCCCUCAUUGCAGCAUAAAGAGAUACAGGGUUUCAGCAGGAAGUUAAACAUGGAAACAAAGCUGUAUGUCUGUCCUUAAACUUCUGAAGGCACAAACAGUAUUAAAACUGAGAUUGCAUAUAACCACCCCAACACCCUCAUGAGCUGCUGCUGCUGUUUCUUUGGCGAUCACUCGUAGCCGAGUGAGAUUGUCUUCCAUAAACACUGUUUUAACAGUGAACCAUCUUGAGCAGCUGGAUGGGAGCUGCUGUGGCUGCUGGGCAAUAAGGACUAGGUGGGGUGAAAUGACUUUGGUCCUGAGAUUUAUUUGUUCUGAUUACUCCUUUUAUAUCCCAUCUUUUUAUCCUUACAGCAACCCUGUGAGGUAGGUUAGGCAGAGAGACAGUGAGCUUCAUGCUUGAGCUGGGAUCUGAAUCCUGGUCUCCCAGGUGCUAGUACAACACUUGUGAGCUGGUCUUCCUCAAUAACACUAAUGAAGUAAUAUGUAUUUUGUCACUGUUGAUUUUUUAAAGAUCUGA